GGCCACCGCGGCCAUUAGAUCCGGUCCAAUUGCUGGGGCUGCAGCACUGCCUCCGAGACCGCGAGGUGGGUGGAGCGGGUCUUCCUGGAAUGUUGCGAUAAGGCCGGGCGAGGUGCCUGGGAUGCUUCUCCCCUUCCGCGAGGAAGAGAUGAAAUUGGGUGGGGCGGGUGUAGACUAGCCUGCCGAGCCGCCCGCUGGCAGCUGCAGCCUCCUGGGCGCCCGCUGGGCCCCGGCGAGAAAGUUGUUAAAGGUAGCGAGGUGGUUGUUCCUGGGGUCCGAGGCGCGCCUCGCACGCCCUGCCCAACAGAGGCCGCAGUCCCCUGGGGUCUGGAGACGCAGUUUCCUGUUAAUGACAAUAAAUCCCUGCUCCCCCUGCCUCAGACAUCUACGCAGCGAAAUCGAGCCUGGCCUUGAGGGACCACACCGCGAGGGAAGAUGCGUGCGCCCAUUCCAGAGCCUAAGCCUGGAGACCUGAUUGAGAUUUUUCGCCCUUUCUAUAGACACUGGGCCAUCUACGUUGGCGAUGGAUAUGUGGUUCAUCUGGCCCCUCCAAGUGAGGUCGCAGGAGCUGGUGCAGCCAGUGUCAUGUCCGCCCUGACUGACAAGGCCAUCGUGAAGAAGGAAUUGCUGUAUGACGUGGCCGGGAGUGACAAGUACCAAGUCAACAACAAACACGAUGACAAGUACUCGCCGCUGCCCUGCAGCAAAAUCAUCCAGCGGGCGGAGGAGCUCGUGGGGCAGGAGGUGCUCUACAAGCUGACCAGCGAGAACUGCGAGCACUUUGUGAAUGAGCUGCGCUAUGGAGUCGCCCGCAGUGACCAGGUCAGAGAUGUCAUCAUCGCUGCAAGCGUUGCAGGAAUGGGCUUGGCAGCCAUGAGCCUUAUUGGAGUCAUGUUCUCAAGAAACAAGCGACAAAAGCAAUAACUGAAAAAGACUGUCCUGUCAGCGAUGACUUUAUACAUCAAGGGGGUCUUGUUUUGCUAGACAGUUUGGGGUUUGGUUUGUGGAUUUCAUUGUGACUUAUAAUAAGGCUUAUUUUCACAGAAUAAAAUAAAGCACAACGAA